ACUAAAAAAGUUCAUUCCACACUUGUGCAGCUUCAACACGUUUCGUUUCUGAUUUCUCUUUCUCUCUUUCUCUUCUUUUUCUUGGACUUCUCUCCCAUCCCUUUUGAAUAUUCCCUUUGCUUAAUUCCUCGUCUAUUUAUAGAAAGAAUAAUCUAAGAAAGAAGAUCUUGAUCUGCAACUUUUUCCGACACUCCAAAAGCAGAAUCGAAUUGAAUUUCUCAGCUUAAAAAGAUGAAGAAAGUAGUACUGAAGUUGGAAUAUUUCGAUGAGAAAGUCAAGCAAAAGGCCAUGAAAAAAGUGUCUGGUCUUGAAGGAGUUGAAUCAAUUGCAAUAGACACAAAGGACAAGAAAUUAACAAUAACAGGAAACGUAGAUCCAGUUUCACUAGUUUCCAAAUUGAGGAAACUCUGUCACACUGAUAUCCUCUCUGUUGGACCAGCAAAAGAGCCUGAAAAGAAGAAGGACGAUGGCAAAAAAGAUGAAGGGGGAAAGAAAGAAGAAGGCAAAAAAGACGACGGAAAAAAAGGAGGAGAUGACAAAAAGGGAGGAGAUGAGAAGAAGAAAGAUGGGAAAGAUGAUUCUCAUCCAGUAAUGAAGGCUUAUCCAGCUCCUAUGUAUUAUCAUAAUUAUCAGCAACCCUAUCAACAUUAUCAACCUCCUGUUCCUUCUUAUUAUCACCAGCGAAGUGUCGAAGAGGAUCCUAAUUCUUGUGUUAUCUGUUAAGUUAUAUUGAUUAUUGGAUUCAAUUCAUAUCUAUUAUAGUACUAUAUAUUUCUGUGAGUUUUGAGAGGUUGUAGAUUAAUUCAGAAAUCAAAUCUUGAUUGUACAUGCUUUUGCUAGUUUGUUCUCUCACAUUUUUGUUCAACUUCAAUAAUUUUCUACGUUUAUUUUAA